CCAAACUUUUUCUCCUCUAAAGAGAAAAAGAAUAUUAGAGAAUUAGUCGUAAGUUUUGUUAGAGUAGAAAAAAAAAUGGCGUCUUUGAUUGACAUUGUGCCACUAAUGUUUCUUUUAGUUACCACAUUCUACCACUUUGGUGAGGCUAGAAUCAUUGAAGUGGGAGGAUCAUUGGACGCAUGGAAGGUUCCAGAAUCUCCCAACCACACUCUCAGUCUCAGCCAUUGGGCUGAGUCCGUCCGGUUCCAAGUCGGAGACGUUCUUUUGUUUAAAUACGAUUCAAAGAUGGAUUCGGUGUUACAAGUAACAGAAGAAAACUACGUAAAAUGCAACACAGAGAAGCCUUUGAAAGAACACAAAGACGGAUACACAACAGUGAAACUCGAUGUCUCUGGUCCUUACUUCUUCAUAAGUGGGGCUCCGAGUGGUAACUGCGCUAAAGGUGAGAAAGUGACUGUCGUGGUUCAGUCACCUAACCACCAGCCCAUGCCAAAGCCUGGACCAGCCGCUGUUACGCCCACUCUUCCUCCAAAGCCAUCUACUACUCCGGCUGCUCCAGCCCCAGCUCCACCCACUCCUUCUCCUAAGUCACCUACUUCUACGCCGGCUCCGGCCCCAGCUCCGGCCAAGAGCAGUGCUGUUGGGUUGGUUGCUGGAAAUGGCAUCUUCUGGGCCUUGAUCGUUGCUUUCAUUGGGCUUGUUUUCGUUAAAGGCUUUUAAGAAAAGCUCUUGAAGUUUAAAUUUCAUGUUAUACAUUCAAAUCUAUGUUUUGCAGAAUAAUGAUUAUCUGAAUUU